AAAAGAAGAGAAACUUCAAAACUUAAACAAAUGAGUCGUCUUCAGCAAGUCAGCCUUUAUUUUACAAGCAGAUUUCUUCUGGCAUGGAGUUGGGGGAUUAUGAGCAACCCGUUGUUAUGAGAGAGGAGAACAAACGAAGGAGAAGAAGAAUGAAACCUCAUUGUACAUCGGGUAAUUUGUCUUCAAUGGAACUGAUAUCUAUUGAAUUCAUUUUACCUACAAGCAAUAAACAUACUAAAGUACCAGAAAUGAUGUUACUUGAAAUAGCUGGCAACUGUACAGUUGAGCAAAUGAAAGCACAGAUUUGGAUGCGUGCAAUAGAGAUGAGCCAAACCACUGACUUCUACCAUGUGUUCAGUCCUGAUCAGUUUAUUCUCCAGUAUCAGAAGAAAGGGCAGUGGUAUGAAAUUUAUGAUAAACAUCAAGUAUUACAGACAUUAGACUGUAUACUGUAUUGGAAAGUGUUACAGAAAAAGGUAGGCAAGAUCUACGUUGUCCAGAAACAAAAACCAUCAGAAGAAGUUCAGGAAUUUCAGCGACAGCUUAAUGAUUUAAUUGGUUACGAUGUCACCGAUGUGAGCAAUGUGCAUGACGAUGAACUAGAGUUUACCCGUCGCAGGUUAGUCACUCCACGAAUGAUAGAGGUGGCCUGUAGAGAUCCUAAGUUGUAUGCAAUGCACCCCUGGACUACAUCUAAGCCACUCCCAGAAUAUUUAUUCAAAAAGAUCACCAAUAAUAACAUUUUCAUAAUCAUACAUAGAGGAACAACCAGCCAAAAAAUUAAGGUGUCAAUUGAUGACACUCCAGAUAUGAUUCUCCAUAGUUUUUUCACAAAAAUGGCGAAGAAAAAGUCGUUGAUGGAUAUUCCUGAAGAUCACAGUGAGCUGGACUUUGUUCUCAGAAUUUGUGGCAGAGAUGAGUACAUUACUGGAGAGACCCCAAUUAAAGAUUUCCACUGGAUUAGACAGUGCCUUAAGAACAGCGAGGAGAUCCACCUUGUGCUAGACAACCCGCCUGACCCCCGUGAGGAUGAGGUUCAGAAGGAAGAGUGGCCGUUGGUGGAUGACUGCACGGGAGUUACAGGGUACCACGAACAGUUGACCAUAGAUGGGAAAGAUCAUGAAAGAGUCUUCACUAUCUCUUUGUGGGAUUGUAACAGGAAAUUUAGGGUGAAAAUAGUUGGCAUUGAUAUCCCAGUUUUGCCAAGAAAUACUGAUCUCACUGUGUUUGUUGAGGCUAACAUUCAACACGGGCAACAGCUCCUUUCACAGAGGAGGACUUCAUCCAAACCCUUUACUGAGGAGGUUCUGUGGAAUAUUUGGCUGGAGUUUGAUAUCAGAAUCAAGGAUUUGCCUAAAGGAGCACUCCUUAAUCUUCAGAUAUACUGUGGCAAAGCACAGGGACUGUCCACAAAGACACACGAAUCCCCCAACUCCGAUUCAAAAUGCAAAACCCAGCUUCUCUAUUAUGUAAAUCUUUUGUUGAUAGAUCACCGUUUUUUGCUCCGAAGUGGGGAGUACGUGCUUCACAUGUGGAAAAUCCCAGGCAAAGGGGAAGAACAAGGAAGUAUCAAUGCAGACAAACUCACGUCAGCUACUAAUCCAGAUAAAGAAAACUCAAUGGCUAUUUCCAUCGUACUGGACAAAUAUUGUCACCCAAUUGCCUUGCCCAAGCACAGGAUAACAUCUGACCUGCCAGGAGACAGGACACGGGCUGAAAUGCCCAACCAGCUUCGCAAGCAACUUGAAGAGAUCAUAGCAACAGAUCCACUUAAUCCACUUUCUCCAGAGGACAAAGAACUGUUGUGGCAUUUUAGAUAUGAAAGCAUAAAGCACCCCAAGGCAUAUCCUAAGCUUCUUAGCUCAGUGAAAUGGGGACAACAAGAAAUAGUGGCCAAAACAUACCAGUUGCUAGCUAAAAAGGAGGUGUGGGAUCAAAGUGCUUUGGAUGUUGGACUCACGAUGCAGCUUCUGGACUGUAACUUUUCCGACGAAAAUGUGCGAGCAAUGGCAGUUCAGAAGCUGGAGAGCUUAGAAGAUGAUGAUGUUCUUCACUACCUCUUGCAGCUUGUGCAGGCUGUGAAAUUUGAGCCAUAUCAUGACAGCGCGUUAGCCAGGUUUCUGCUGAAACGGGGUUUGAGAAACAAAAGAAUUGGCCACUUCUUAUUUUGGUUUCUAAGAAGUGAGAUUGCCCAGUCUAUGCACUACCAGCAGAGGUUUGCUGUGAUCCUCGAGGCCUAUCUGCGGGGCUGUGGGAAGGCAAUGCUGCAGGACUUCAUGAAGCAGGUUCAAGUCAUUGAAUUGCUGCAUAAAGUCACAAUGGAGAUAAAAUCAGUUUCUGCAGAAAAGUAUGAUGUCACGUCUCAAGUUAUCAUGCAACUUAGGCAAAAGCUUGAAAAACUACAGAGCAGCAACCUUCCAGAGAGCUUUAGAGUCCCCUAUGAUCCUGGGCUAAGAGCAGGAGCCCUGGUGAUAGAGAAAUGCAAAGUAAUGGCAUCCAAGAAGAAGCCCCUUUGGCUUGAAUUUAAAUGUGCAGAUCCCACAGCUCUGUCAAAUGAAACCAUAGGCAUUAUCUUCAAACAUGGAGAUGACCUCCGACAGGACAUGCUUAUUUUACAGAUUCUUCGCAUUAUGGAAUCCAUUUGGGAAGCAGAGUCUUUGGACCUUUGUUUGUUACCAUAUGGUUGCAUUUCUACUGGAAACAAAAUAGGAAUGAUUGAAAUUGUGAAAGAUGCUACGACAAUUGCCAAAAUCCAGCAGAGCACAGUUGGCAACACUGGUGCAUUUAAGGAUGAAAUACUGAACCAGUGGCUCAAGGAAAGAUGUGUGAUUGAAGAAAAGUUUCAGGCAGCUGUAGAAAGAUUUGUUUAUUCUUGUGCUGGUUACUGCGUGGCAACCUUUGUACUUGGAAUAGGAGACAGGCACAAUGACAACAUUAUGAUUACAGAAGCAGGUAACCUUUUUCAUAUUGAUUUUGGACAUAUUCUUGGGAAUUAUAAAAGCUUCCUUGGAAUUAAUAAGGAAAGAGUUCCUUUUGUGCUGACUCCAGAUUUUCUAUUUGUCAUGGGGACUUCUGGAAAGAAGACAAGUGUCCAUUUCCAUAAAUUUCAGGAUGUAUGUGUGAAGGCUUAUCUAGCUCUUCGACACCACACAAACCUGCUGAUCAUCCUCUUCUCCAUGAUGCUAAUGACUGGAAUGCCCCAACUAACCAGCAAAGAAGAUAUUGAGUAUAUUCGGGAUGCGCUGACAGUAGGGAAGAGCGAGGAAGAUGCUAAAAAACAUUUUCUCGAUCAGAUAGAGGUUUGCAGAGAUAAGGGCUGGACUGUGCAAUUUAACUGGUUUUUGCAUCUCGUGCUUGGAAUCAAACAAGGAGUAGAAAAGCAUUCUGCUUAAUGUUUUGUGUAAAUUAAGUGUAGGCAUGAUAGGGACUUAGUGGAUCUAUAUGUUGUUAUUUAUGCAUUCCUAAUAAAUGAACAGUUAAAAUUGCCUUUACUUUCUGGCAGCUGAAAUGGAUCUUCUAAAAAAGGCAAGAAAUUAUGCUUGCCCCUCCAGAAGAUUCUCCUGCAGUUAAGAUUUUUUUUUUUAGUGUCUAAUGACACUGAAGAUUGCUGGAUUCUGUUAGCCAGUUGCUUUGCUUAUGUGACUUGCAGUUUUCUUUUUUUCUUUAGUAAUAAAUUCAGAUAUGAAGGAGGAGCAUGAGUAAGAUGAUAACCUCCAAACUGAAACAGAAAUUCC